GACAUAAAAGCGGCGGCGGGCCGAGGGGGCGCCACAGUGUCAGGGACGGUGGGAUCAGGGAGGGUGCCGAACAAAACUGCAAAACACGCCCUCUGCCCGCUCCUAUCUGUGGCGGCAUAGCCGCUUUUUGAGGGUUUGGCUAUUCUCUCCGGUCGCCGCCGCCGCCGCAUUUCCCCGGUGUAAGGAGCAGCAGCGAUGAAGAUGAAGGCCGAGAAGAGGUCCCCUUCCAGCGGCGGCAGCGUCGCAGGAGGUGGAGGCGCCGCCGUGUCCCAAGGACCUGCCCCGUUUAUCCAGGCUUUGGCGGCGGCGAAUACCCAAUAUCAGGCUUACGAGACAUACUUGGAAAACGGCAUGAUCUGCCUCAAGCAUAAAAUCAGAAACAUAGAGAAGAGAAAGGCAAAACUGGAUGACUAUAAAGAACGAUUAAAAAGAGAAGAACUAAAUCAAGACCAGUUGGAUGCUGUAGAAAAAUAUGAAGAAGUAAUUCACAAUCUAGAAUUUGCUAAGGAGCUGCAAAAAACCUUUUCUGCACUCAACCAAGAACUCUUAAAAGCACAAAAGAAAACUUUGCGACGUGAGCAAAUUCUGAGGACUGAAAUGGAGAAAAAGCGACUUUGUACUGUAUUGCACGUCAAAUAUAUACUGGACAAUUUCAAUCAGGAACACGUUCAAAAUGACUUCAGAGAUGGCAUUAAUGGUGCAUUUAUUAUUUCUCGGAAGGAAAUUGGGUACCUGAAGGACUUCUGUAAACUUGUCUGUCCUGAAAGGAGUGAAAAUGUAUCUCUUGAAGAUCAAAUGGAAUUGGUGUCAAAUCAAAUGUGGGACCUUGUGGAAGGAGUAGACAAGAUGGUGGUUGGUAGUACCUACAAACACUUGAAGGAGACGAUAAGCAGACUUCUGAAGUGUUCCUACUUUGAUAAUAUUCCAGUCCCUCACAAUGGGUUGCAGGAAGAUGAUAAGCUCCAAGAGGUGCAAAUGACCUCUAAACCUCAGAUGCUGUCUGGAAAAGAAUCUGAAUCUGACUUGCAUUUUUUGUGCUCAAGUGAAAUGCAGCCAAGAGAGUUUUUGAACAGGCAAUACAUGAACAAAACGGACUACUCUGUGAAACAGCAGCCUGAAAAGCAAAGAAACUGGGAAGGAGAGUUUGCCAGGAAGCAAGAGGCAGUCCCCAGCAAAUGGGAUGCUGAUUAUGUAAGCCAAAAACAUGAAAACGCUGCUCCUAAAACAUGGGAUGAAGAGUUCAUUGAAAGAAAACAGGACAAGGAACAUCUUAAAAAGUGGGAUGUGGAAUAUGUCAAUAGGAAGCAGGAGGAACAGCCAAAAAAAUGGGACACCCAGUACUCUGAUAUUCAAGAUACUAAAAGGUGGGAUCCAGGUUCAGUCCCAAAGGAGACCACUGAGCUAAAGAGAAUUAUGCCUGAGGCCAAAGAGAAACGUGAUCGUGGUUCAAAACCAAAACGCGAAGCAAAACAAGUGUCAAAAGUGGUGCAGCAAGCGGCUGUCGAGUUCUGCUCAACAUCUUCUCUACCAAAUGACCCAGAACUCAGGAGGAAGGAGCUUCAAGACCUAAUGUCCCAAAUACAAGGCACAUGUCACUUCAUUCAGGAUUCAAUGCUAGAUUCUGAUGCCACCUCACAAAGUGCUAUUGGAUCACAGAAGCCUGCUGUAUUAUCACUCAAAACAGCAGCUCUAAAAGAACAGAAACAAAAGACUGAAAUUGUUCCAUCAUCACCCAAGCCUGCAGCAGAAUUAAGUGUCAUUGCCAGUACUGGGGUUAGUUCGGGUUCUGAUGACCAAUCUUCAUUGUCUGAUUCUACAACUGAUCUUUCAGGACAAGUUACACAGGUUUCUAAUGCACCGAGUUCGAAAAGUGAAGCAUUCAUUGCUACAUCCCAGGUAUACCAAACCAGUACACCCAUUACUGAAUCUUUAACACAAUCAUCACUGAAAUCAAAUCAGCAGGUGACUUCUUUGACCAGUGACCAGACCACUUCAAGCACAGCAAUAACUCCAGCAUCCCAAGGACAAGUACAGCAGACUCCAGUAAGCAGUUCUCCAGUUAGCGUGAAGACCACACCCUUUCAGUCUAUGCACACUGUGUUCAAAGUUAAUGCCCCUCUGCCUCCACGAGGUGAUCAGCAGGAAGUGAAAUCUGAAGGUCCGUAUUCUCCUGUCUACAACCAAAGUUUGAUUACCGCUAGUACUCAGACACCACCCCAGCCUAUCUCGCUACCUUCUACAUAUAUAGUGGAGCAAAAUGCACUGACUCAAGAUUCUUUGCCAGAUGAAACUACAACUGUAACCAAUGGGACCCCAGUAUUUUUAACUCACAAUCAGCAAAGUACUUUGCCAAGACCAAACCAAGCCUAUUUUGGGAGCAGAGGUGCUGUGCGGGGGACUUCACGAGGUAGCAGAGGAGUUGCUAAUGCUUACCGCAGCUCUAGCAAUGGAUACAAAGGUGUACAAAUAGGAUUUGAUGGUUACAGAGGAAUUCCCAUUCCGGCCAAUGGAACAUAUGGACCUUUUCCAAAUAGAGAAUACCCUGGGAUGCCAUACACUCCAAGGGAAUCUGGUUACCAGCAGAACUACAAACGUGGUGCAGGAGCUGGGCCUCGUGGAGCCAUGAGAGGAGGUCUUAAUUACUUGACAGCUGGCUGGAGUGAUUCAUCUCAAGUGAGCAGUCCAGAGCGAGACAACGAGCACGUCAACACGGGGGAUUCUGGCCAAGGUGAAACACUAAACAUUACUCCAGUGGAUAUGCCAGUGACCAGCCAAGCUGCCACCCUCUUGCCCGUGCACGUCUAUCCUCUUCCUCAACAGAUGAGAGUGGCCUUCUCUACAGCAAGGACAUCUAACUUUACUCCUGGGUCUCUGGACCAGCCCAUUAUCUUUGAUCUUCUGCUUAGUAACCUUGGAGAAACAUUUGAUUUCCAGUUGGGGCGAUUUACCUGCCCUGUGAAUGGCACUUAUGUCUUCAUCUUUCACAUGCUAAAGCUGGCUGUGAAUGUGCCUCUGUAUGUAAAUUUGAUGAAGAAUGAAGAAGUCCUGUGCUCUGCUUAUGCUAAUGAUGGUGCCCCUGAUCAUGAGACUGCCAGCAAUCAUGCUGUUCUGCAGCUUUUCCAAGGAGAUCAGAUCUGGCUGCGAUUGCACAGAGGUGCCAUCUAUGGUAGCAGCUGGAAGUAUUCUACCUUUUCUGGAUACCUCUUGUAUCAGGACUGAAAUGUGCUCUAGUAGCUAAAAUGCUUUGCACUCUGAUCUCUGUAACUUAAAAGGUCACAAUUUGAAGUGAGUUGCCAGGGGGUGACUUGUUAAAAUGUCACGAUAGUUUUCUGGGAUUUUGGUUUGCACUGACUGGGCACUUUAACCUGUGAUGCCUUGCUAGUAGAGCUGCAAAUAUAUUUUGUUACAGAAUUUUGUCUUGCACUUCUUCAUCUGAGACUAUUUAUGUGACAUUGAAUGGAUAGGUUUCCUUUGCAAGAGAUCCUGCUAUUUACAAUGCCUCAUGGUGCCUCAAUAAAGAUAUUUAUU